AUGGACCAAGACUACAAAGCGCAUUUCAAAGUUCACUGUGCGGAAAUUAAGGAAUGGGAGAAAAUCCAUGUGAGACACCUUCAUGCAGUGGUCAGCGUUCCUGGCACAGUGAAAGAAUUCCAAUUUCGAUACUUACGGGUGAUGUAUUUAGAUCCUUCGGAAAAUAGUUUAUGCGAGCCAAUUAUGGUUUUAUCAAAAUGGGAAACACUGAAUAAUCCACGGUCAUGUCUGAUUGGAGUGGAAAGUAUGGAUUUCAUAGCUAGAGAAAAUGUGAUAGAUGAGUUUGGAAGUUAUGGAGGACGGAAACAAAUAUCAGAUGGAUGGAUACUGAACGAUAAAGAAAGUGUUGUCUAUUUUCGGAUUCAUGGAGAGGCACUCAAGUUUUUCGCAAAAAGCUAUCAGAACCGAGAGUACCGUCUGAAAGUCGAACCAUUUGAUGUCAGAUACAGUGAGGUGCUCACAAGAGAUGACCCUAUUUUUGGAGAUCAAUAUUUCAAUGGAUCGGUUUUCCGGAAUGACUUGGAUUAUUUGGUUUUCCGGACGAGAACUGUUAAUCUGCAAAAUCUAGCCUUCCGUAUAGAAUUUUACCACAAAGAAAAGCGAUGUGCACUGUCCUACGUGCUUCCGUCAAGCAUGUCAGGAACUCAUGGCGCUACAGUAUCACCGGUUAUUGGACUCUCUAGUGCUCCAGUAGGACAUAUUAAUGUAAAUUAUAUGAUUGUAAAAAGGAGUCAGUAUGCUGAAAAGAAUCCAGAAGUUGAUUCAAUGAGAGAAACUUUUGGAAGAUAUUGGAGAAAACGUAACAGAAUGUUGCAAAUUGGACAUCGCGGCAUGGGCAGCUCCUAUACAAAGAGCAUUGACCAUCGGGAGAACACGAUCUUCUCGUUGAAUGAGGCAGCUCGGAGAGGUGCAGAUUAUGUAGAAUUGGAUGUACAAUUGACAAAAGAUCUCAAAACUGUCGUGUACCACGAUUUUCAUCUGUUAGUCACUGUUGCUGGCCGGGACUCCCCAUCAAGCACACCGACAGCUGGCGGUGAAAACAAAUCUCUACACGAGAUUGCAAUCAAAGACCUGACACUGGCCCAACUCAAACUGCUGCACUUUGAGCAUAUCUCUCGUGCGAAUGGCACCGCGCCGGACUCGCCCGUGACUCUCUCGGUGACACCCAGCAAGAAUGAGACGGACGAGUUGCACGUACCCUUUCCCUCACUGGCACAAGUGCUGCGAAAUGUUGAUGAGAACGUGGGAUUGAAUAUUGAGAUCAAAUAUCCAAUGUAUAUGAAGGAUGGAAGCCAUGAAUGCGAGGGAUACUUUGAGCAGAACAAAUUCGUGGACAUCAUCUUGGCAGAAGUGGCCGAGCAUGCCGGAAACAGGAGAAUUGUGUUUUCCUGCUUUGAGCCGGACAUCUGCACGAUGAUAACCAAGAAGCAGCACAAGUAUCCCGUUUCCUUUCUCGUCGUGGGAGCCACUAAUAGAUAUAUGCCUUUUCAAGAUAUUCGAUCUGAUUGCUCUAAAAUUGCAGCCAAUUUUGCUGCUGGAUGUGAGCUCCUUGGUGUGAAUUUUCAUAGUGAAGAAUUAUUGAAUGACCGUAACCCCAUUGAAAUCGCUGAAAAGUAUGGAUUGGUGAAGUUCGUAUGGGGAGAUGAUCUCAAUUCGAAAGAUAUUCAAAAACAUUUCAAAGAGGAAAUGAAUGUAGAUGGUCUCAUUUUUGAUAGAAUCGGAGAGGACGAAGUCAUGAAGCAGAACGUAUUCGUAGUCGAGAACCACAAUCGUAGUUCUCUAUUCGCUCGGAGUCAACACAACUCGCGCUCUCCAUCCAUGUCUCGACGCUGCAUGUCCGUCGUUGAAUAG